AUGACCGGAUACGACAACGCAGCGGGCUGCAAGCGUGUCGUGGCUAAUGGCGUGCCCGAUUCAUAUAUCUGCUAUUGCAACCACACCAAUACCUGCAACAGCGAACUCCCAGAGUUCAGCGCCGACAAUAAAACCGUGAAGUGGGCCGGGGCCAAACUGCCCAACAACGACUUCAUCCCAAAAUUGGUGGAAUGCUUUGCGCCAAGAUAUUACCCGGAGCCGAUGCCCCGUUCAAUAAUGUCGGAGCUGGACUGGCCAAAUCUAACGACAACCGCCCAGACGAUCCCGGCGGACUGUUGCCAGUUGAUCGGAUCGAUUGGCUUAGUAAACGCCACCACCGUCGAUGUAUGGAUCAGCAGCCUGGAAAUGAAAUCGGAACGCCUGCAGUACCUCUAUCUGCUAAACCCCGGGAUCUACGCGCCGGAUAAACCG